AUGCAGUACUCAAGAGCUGAAUAUCCAUUCUUCAGUUCAAAAUCUAGCCGUUUGCUUAGUUUCGAAAACUGGCCUCUAGUUAUGCGACAGAAACCUGAAGAUCUUGCCGAAGCUGGUUUCUUUUAUACUGGCCAUGCAGACGGGACCAAGUGCUUCCAUUGUGGUGGUGGUUUAAAAGAUUGGGAAGAUGAUGAUGAUCCUUGGCAGCAGCAUGUUCAGUGGUUUAGUCAGUGUGCUUAUCUGAUCAUUAGUGAAUGUGAUUCUGUUUACUUCAAUUACAGGAAGACAAGAGCGGAAGGAAGAGAUGAGUGUGGCAUACGUGUACAAAACACAUCAUUGAAUAACAAAACUACAACACUGAGUGGAGAAGAAAACGAGAAGAGUAUGCAGUACUCAAGAGCUGAAUAUCCAUUCUUCAGUUCAAAAUCUAGCCGUUUGCUUAGUUUCGAAAACUGGCCUCUAGUUAUGCGACAGAAACCUGAAGAUCUUGCCGAAGCUGGUUUCUUUUAUACUGGCCAUGCAGACGGGACCAAGUGUUUCCAUUGUGGUGGUGGUUUAAAAGAUUGGGAAGAUGAUGAUGAUCCUUGGCAGCAGCAUGUUCAGUGGUUUAGUCAGUGUGCUUAUGUAAAAUUUCAACUCGAACAGUGUUUUGUAUUAGAUUAA